UCUUCCUCGUCCAUUGUUCUCAGAUCCGAUCGAUGCUCGUCGAAUCAAUUGUAUAAUCAGAUCGACAAAUUCUUGAUCUGUGGAAUAUUUGGCGAUCAUGUCAUGCUUAGCGUUAUCUCUGCAACCGUCCGAUGGAUCCGACAUCCUUCUCCAGACCCGGGAGUGGUUUCCGCCGGCUCGAGCCCUAAUCGCUCUCUCGUAUUUUCGCCAGACGCGCCUCGCCUUUGCUGCGUCCAAGCAUCAGCAGCAGAAACAGAACCAGUCCACUUCGGCCUCCUCGUCCGCGACGGAUUCCGACGACGUCACGGCGGCGGAAUUUGUCGGGGAUGAUCCUCUGGCGGCUGCGAGCGGACAGGUGAUUGUCGGUGUGGAGAGCAAGUACCGGGUGGUUUAUCGGCUUGUAAACUCUAUCUAUGUCCUCGGCGUGACCGUGGCGGACCACGACAACUCGAUCAAUGUCUUUGAGUGUAUCCACAUCGUGAAUCAGGCUGUUAGCGUCAUCGUCACCGCAUGUCGCGGCGUGGACGUGACGCGGGAGAAGCUUGCGCGGAAGUAUGCGGAGGUUUACAUGGCGUUGGACAUUGUCUUGCGCGGCGUCAGCAACAUCCGCCUCGCUGCGAUGCUCGGAUCAAUGCACGGAGAUGGGAUCGCGAAGAUGGUCCACUCGGCUUUGGACACGGAGAAUAAGAUCCGUGGAGCCGAGCACUGGACUUCGGUGGAGCAUCACUCGGCGGAGCACCAAUCCGCCAUUGAUGCGUUCUCUAACGUGCGGUUCGAGCUGCCGCCGGAGACCAUCGCUGCCGGAGACGAGUUAGCAGCGAGUUUGGCCCCAGUGGUGCAGGAACUGGAGCAACAGAAGGAAGAGGCGGAGCCUGAGAACAAGGAUCCUUUUGCAGCCAGUGAAGCGAUCAAUAAGGAAGAGGAACUCGUCGGUGGAUUCAAGAAGACCAAGGAUCCGUCUUCUUCCGACCUUACGCUGGCUCUGGCCGGGAUUGAGGUGACAACAUUGCCUCCGGCUGAGGCGACACAGUCCACAACCAUCAGUGUCGAAGGAUUCGAAGGGCAAUACGGUGGUAUUGAGUUCAGUAACGAGCAAGCCACGCUUGAAGAAACUUUCGAAACGCUUAACGAUGCCUGGGGCGGUGGAUUGGACCCAUCCGAGUUCAUGGGUCCAAAGAAGAUACCCAAAAAGGAAGGACUGGGUGGACUUGAGCUGCUGCAUACUAGUGAUCCUAAGGUUGCGGAGGCCAAAGAUGGAUCAGUCGCAGGUAAUAUCGAGAACUUGGUUAAAAGGCCUGAGAUGAAGGGUCCUGAAAUGCACAUCUCAGAGGAAAUAAGAGCUGAGUUUAGAGAAUCCAUGCUUGCUAGAGUAGGAUUAAUGGGUGUGGUUUAUCUGAGGACAAUGCCACCCAAAACUUCGGGUGAUGAUAAAGAAGCCGAGUUCUCAUUUCGUGUCGAGGGUACUGCUGCUGUAAAGAGAUUCGUUAUGCAGAAUUCUCGAGUCAGUAGCCUAGGGGACGGACUGUUUCAUGUAAGAACGGCUCCAUCAGAAGAGCCGAUACCCGUCCUGAAGUAUAGCUUGCUUCCAAGGCUAACCCCUUUGCCUCUGAGAGUCCGAAUGGUAAAACGUCAUAGUGGGACUUUACUCUCUAUGAUGAUACAAUAUGUUUCCAACCCAGAACUAUUGGAGCCUCUUAAGGAUGUCACUUUCAUUCUGAAGCUACCAGUUGAUCCCACAUUGCUGAAGGUUUCACCCAAAGCGAUACUGAACAGAACCGAUAAAGAAUUGAAAUGGCAAAUUCCCGAGAUUCCUCUGAAGGGCACUCCCGGAAGAUUAAGGGCACGAAUGCCCAUUGAUUCGGAAAACGGGGAGGAGGAACCGGAAAUUAUCUGUUAUGUGAAAUUCUUUGCGCAGGGAAGCACUUCCUUGUCGGGUGUCUCUCUACGCCCUGCCACGGAGGGCAAGACGGAUUUCUACGAGGUGGAUCACAGGUACGAAACUGGAAUCUAUAUGUGCAACUGAUACUGCCAUAAAAACUCAUUGUUUAUAAAUCUCUUGUUUUUUUUUUUAGUUUUGGAUUGGCUUGUUGUUUGUUCCUCCCUUGUUUGGGCAAUUAUUUUGAGUUUUCUGUAAGUCUGUGUUGUAUCUUGACUUCAUCAUUCUUCAUACUCUGCCAUCUCUUUUUGUUUCAGUUUGCAUCAGUAGCUUGCAAAUGCCAAUGUUCAUCUUAGGAAAAGUAUGAUCUUUGCUAUAUCAGUAUAUUCUUACCUCUGUUAAUAUACCCAUCCCCCGUAACCUGUAGUUGACUAUGUGGGAGAGUUUGAUCAGCAGUAUACUCUUACCUCUGUUUAUAUAUCUAUGAGCCAUGAGGUCAUUAUUAUUAUUUUAUUCUGCUGAUUUCGAUAAAUGUAGGCGCAUAUAUAUAUAUAUAUCAGCAUAAAUUAGUAUUUUGUAUUCAGUGACGAGAUCAGUUAUGAAUUAAAUAGAAAGAUUUUCGUUACUGGGGAUUAGAACGCCUUUACCCAUGGUCAAUUUUUUUUACUCAAAAAUGGGUUUAAAAGAGGAGAUAUCAUUCGGUCCACAAGAUUUAUAAACUUUGGAAAACUGUAAUGGGCUCGUAACCUGUCGAAGCUCAAUUACGCUUAAUGGGCUCAUAACGAAUCGAGGCCCAUUUACGUCUCAACGUAACCGCCUUUUAUAUCAGUAUCAUCUUGGGAGAGCAUUCUCUCAUGGAAUCCGACGGAGCCCUAAGUUCAGGCCGAGAUCGAUUGUGUCUUGGAUUCUUCCCUGUCCUGGCAGUCUCGUUCAGUGUGAUUUGCUCCGUGGCUAGGGUUUUUGCGCUGUUUGUCGCUGGCGUUGGCUAAAAAAAACUGCAUCUCCGAGAAUACUCUGGCUCCAGGCUCUACUCGUUCCAUUCUCUUCAGUCAAGAUGAUUCUGAUGGAAGUAGAUUUGAGAAGAACAUAAGGAUUUGUGGUUGAAACAUGAAAGCCGGAGGGCUCAUUGAAAAAACACAUGCGAGUUCAUUUGUGUUUAAUUUAGUACAAGGUUUCCUCCUAAAAUCAAGGCAUUGCAGCAUUACUUUUUUCGAUCAGGAGCCCGGCGCAUGUUAAAUUUGGCGAACAACCUUCCUAUUUGAGAAGUUCAAUCUGUCAAGUAUGGAUUGGUGGUGCCAUUGGUCUUAAUGUUUCCCAUAUUUAAAUCUGUCAAGUAGCCGGCUAGCACCAAUGCUCUGCUGUGUCAUAUGGGCUGAUAAUUUCUACUUGCUGUAAAAGUCUUUUUUUUUUUGUGCUAAUUCCCGGUUUCUCGGCUGCGUGGAAGCCUAGCAGAAACCGACCCGAACGUCGUCCUUCAUCAUGGUAUCGGUGAAUGUCGAAAUGCCCCUACCUGAGCUCUACAUAGGUUUGUCUCUCACUUUGUCUUACUGCUUUCUUGCGUCCGUCGGGAUGUGAGGGUGUAAUCCGUCCUUUGUUUUAAGAUGUUUUGUUUCUUUGUA